GUGUGUGGAAGCAGGCACCUGUUGCGGGCGAACUCGGAACAAACCUGAGCAGCGAGGACCGCACUGCUUGUGUCAUGCUUCCCCCUUGUGGCUGCCUCGGGAAGUUGCAUAACUGUGACGUCAAGUGGCGUCCAGGCCGUGAACUCACCAUCUCCUCCUCCCCAUAUUUGCAUUUUGUGUGUGAAACCGGAGAGACGAUAAAAGAACAAGCGGAAGCCUUUCGGUGCACACUCCUCCCCGAGCCGCACGAGUCACUUCAGCGCAGUGUGAAAACAUCCGCCAAGAUGUGUUGCGCAAGCUUUCUCAAACUGAUGAUGUUCAUCUUCAACGGCACCAUUUUUGUAGCGGGCGCCGCCGUCCUGGGGGUGGGCAUCUGGGUGAAGGUGGACAGCAGCUCCUUCAUGGGGAUACUGGACAGCGUGGAGGCCCUUCCGCCGGCGGUGUCGCAGGUGACCAACGUGGGCUACCUGCUCAUCGGCGUGGGCGCCGUGCUGCUGGUCAUCGGCUUUCUGGGCUGCUGCGGCGCCGUCAAGGAGAGCAGGUGCAUGCUGCUGACGUUCUUCAGUAUCGUGCUGAUUAUAUUCCUCAUCGAGGUGGCCGGUGCCGUGGUGGUGCUCGUUUUCAAGGACUUGGCGGGGCAGAUCUUUGACAGUCUCGAGGAAGAAGUCCAGAAAAACCUCGCCGACAAGUACGGAAGUGACGAGACCCUGACGUCGCUGUGGAACACAACCAUGGAAGGGUUCCAGUGCUGUGGAUACAAGAACUACACGGAUUUCAACGGCUCCCCCUUCCAAGCCCAAAGUGGAGGCUUCUUUUACCCGUCCCAGUGCUGCAACGGGACGUCCAUCAAGGACACGUGCAGCCGAUCGGCGGCGGAACUCGCCGCAGAACUGAAGCUGGUCGACGGCUGCUUCGACAAGCUGCUGCUGCUCAUUGAGGAAAACGCCGCGAUCAUUGCGGGCGUGGCUCUCGGAAUCGCCGCACUUGAGAUUGCUGCCAUGGUGGUUUCAAUGGUUCUCUACAAGCAGAUCGGCAACAAAGCAUGAUGAUGGUGAUGAUUUUUUUUUUUUUUUUUUUUUUUUAAUAAAGACAGAUGAUAACUGAGCUUGUCAGCUGUUCCCAAUGAGCGAAGGUGACCCGGCCAAAAGCGACAUUUCCAGUAGGUUCUCCAAAUGUGCAGCAAAAUGGAGCCGGUGUCUCCUCUCGGUUGAUUGUGAGGGAUUUAUUUAUGUUUUAAUGGCGGUCGGGAGCUGGCGUUGCGUCAUUGUGAAUGAAUCAGUUAGCGUGUAAUAUAAGAAAAGAAUCUUACCAAAGAAAAACAACAAAAAAAAAAAACGGCGCUUCCACACCCUUGCUAACGUGAUGUUUAUUUUUAUAUAUUUAAUCACCUAAAUAAAUAAAUGAGCGUUAAUGUUCAGUUGACAAA